AUGAAGCUCCUCACUCUAUUCUACCUCCUCUUCGUACCCACUCUGCUGGCCAUCCCUGCCCCCGUCACCGACGCCGACGCUGAGGCCAUCGCCCUGCCCGACGCCGAUGCCGCCACGUUCAAGGACCACCUAACCCCCGGGCUCCUCAAGAGGGGCUGCACCAUCAAGCUCAAUUUGGUCAUCAGCCAAGCCAACGGUUUCUACGGUCCAAGCUCUCCCGAGUCGGUGGUGGGAGAUAUCAUCGAUAGCCGCUGCAGCAACAGCGGUUGUUCCAGCGCCGUCAAGCAAUACCAGCUGAAUCCUUACACUUUGAACGCCACACUCGGCCCCUAUGGAAUUAAUGGGAACACGGCAUCCUACCUCGUCCCCGCAUUCAAAGAGUCAAUCCAGCGAAUCAUGCGACAGACACAGUUGGCCUCAGUCACUCCCGGUACCUCCUCAGUCCACUGGGUCGGCCCGCAAUACGUCGGCCUCAUCUCGGACAUUGAUUGCGAUGGAACAAUCACCCCACUCAGCAUCUUGCAGUUUCAGACGAAUGCUAUUCGGGUCGGUGACGGAUUUUGGUGCGACCCCAACUUCGUGUACAACCUCGCCAACUCUGCGAAGGCAGCUCCGAGUUACUUCAGCACCCAUGCCUUAUUCCCAGUUAGCUCCUACGGCUGCAACAGUUAUGUUGCGCCGUACGCCUGA